CUCUGGGAUGAGUAGGGGCGUGGCUGUGUCGUGCUCUCUCGGUCUGUGCUUGCUGCUGCUGUUGGUACUGACCCCGUGCCCUCCGUCCCCACAUCGUGAUGGUGAUACUGACCAAGUUGGGGUUGAUCUGUCGGGGCCUGUUUGACAGGGAGUUCCAGCAGCAGUGUUGCCUGUCCGCGCUGGAGGAACUCCGAUGCCAGGACGGUGUGAGGGCAGCGACCCAGGGCAGUUCCUGCUCUUCAGCCAGCGGCAGUGAGGAUCUCUGCGGAUUGGACGUGUUUACGCGAUGCUGUGAGUGUUGCUCGGUGGGACUUCAGGCCUGGAGCAUGGGCCUGGCCUGUGAUGAGAUCCCAGCCCCGGGGCUCGGUUGUGGGCAGGUCCUCGCUGGCUGCUGUACAGAGGCUGAUGGUCACGUCCCUGCGACAGGCCCUCGCCGUGAGCCCAGGCGCCCACAAGAGACGGUCUCCAGCGCAGAAUCGGGUGGAGGAGUGGGAAGGGAGAAUGGGCGGAAUGGCCCCACUCAGGCCUCUCGCACACCAGAGGACGACUGGGACACUCGCUGCCCAGGUGACAAUCACUGCUCCCAGUUGUGUCAUCGUGAGCGAUCGGCGGUUGUGUGUUCAUGCUACACUGGAUACCAAUUAAUGAGCGAUGGCAGGACCUGUAAAGAUACUAAUGAAUGUGAGCAUCUCAGCCAGCCGUGUGCAGAGGGUUUCAACUGCAUCAAUACCAUUGGGUCAUACAGCUGCCUCCAGACCAUUAUCAGCUGUAGCCGGGGAUACCAGGCCAGUGAUGACCACACCCGGUGUGUUGAUAUUGAUGAGUGUCAGAUGGGGAUACACCGCUGCAGUAAUGAACAGAUUUGCCGCAACACUCCAGGGAGCUACCGUUGUGACUGUCAACAGGGUUACCACAUGGAGCCAUACAGCAGGGCCUGUGUAGAUAUCAAUGAGUGCCAGAGGUACCGGGGACGUGUGUGUGCCCAUAUCUGUGAGAACACACCAGGAUCAUACCACUGUUCCUGUGGGGCUGGUUACAAACUCGCAGAGGAUGGGAAGAACUGCCAAGAUGUUGAUGAGUGUGCGGCUGGUGCCUGUAGCCAGGAAUGUGCUAAUGUCUAUGGGUCCUAUCAGUGUUACUGUUGGCCAGGAUACUCCCUGAACCUGCUGGACAGAACAACCUGUGAAGAUAUUGACGAGUGCUCAGUGGCCUCUGCCAGCCUGUGUACCUAUCGUUGUGUCAACAGCCCUGGCUCCUUCACCUGUACUUGUCCUGAAGGUUACGUCCUUGCCCAAAACAGGAGGAACUGCAAAGAUCUGGACGAGUGCACGCUGGGAACCCACAACUGCACAGGGGCAGAGACCUGCUUCAACAUCCAGGGUGGAUUCAAGUGCCUGUCCUUUGCGUGCCCGCCCAACUACCGCAAGGUGGGCCAGACCCAAUGCGAGCGCCUGUCUUGCCAAGGUUAUGUCGAGUGCCAGAUGGUGCCACAGAGGAUCACCUACUAUCAGCUCAGCUUCCCCACCAAUGUCCGGGUACCUGUUGACAUCUUCCGCAUCAGCCCCUCGCCUGUCUACGUGGGGGACAACAUCCUACUAGGCAUCACCCGUGGAAACGAGGGCCUGCACUUCGCCAUCCGCCGGGUGGACCCCUACACGGGUUUCGUUUACCUGCAGCUUCCUCCCCGGCAGCCCAGAGAGUUCCUCCUCGACGUGGAGAUGACCCUGAUCCGACAGGGCCGGGCCACCAAGUUCAUCAUCAGGAUCCACAUCUUUGUGACAGGACCCUCGCUGUGACAGCGUCCCCCUCUGUACUCCUGUCACCACACCAGCAUCUGCUCAUCUUUGUGACAGGACCCAGCUCCACGCUCCCCCCAAAUCAUUAGACAAAGGGUCAGAAAAACUCUUAUGAGCAGCAGCUCUAACCACGAAUGGAAAAAUAUCUCUGUUUCUGAACAGAGAGCAACUGCUGGCUCAUGAAUAUUGAGAGGGGAGUUUUAAUUGCAGUCUUGAACCCUGCUCAACCCCAAAGAGAGAAGUGAAUUUGAUUGUGUGUUGAGUGAAAGUUACACACAAGUUAUAUUCCCAGAGAAAGAGUUUUCUGGUGAAGACACAGCUGUAUGAAAACUAUGCCACAUUGUGUUGUCCGGUAUUAAUAUAUUCAGUAAAAGCACCCUGUCAUGAUGCAGUGAUUCGGAGGGGAUUUGGACUCUUUGGGAAGCUACACAAAAGGAGAAAACUUGCAUUGCAGUGGUACCUGGAAAAUAGGAAAUGGCCAAUUCACCUACAGCAAUUGAUCGACACACUAACCCCCUACAACAUGCACUGCAGAGACUCACACUGCCCCAAAACGACAAGGGCUGCAGAUGCAGAGGAGAGUUCCCCUCUGAGCCCCCUAAUACACUAACUUUCCUGAUGCUGAGUGACAGUGUCUUCACCAUGUCAAAAUCCUGAAACUCUCCUGCAGGACUUCCCUACACCACACAGUGGACUGUAGCUGAUCAGAAGGAUAGGUUCUCAGCGACCAUGGCAUCUUUAAAGAGGGAAUUAAACCAGAGAAACAGCUGCCAUUGUUAAACACGUCU